AUGACAGGAAAGUUCAAAAUAAAGGAAAAAAUUUUAAAGUGGAAAUACCGUGAAAAGAUAGCAGCGAAAUCUGAAAAUGAUUUUGUGAAAAAGCAUCCUGUUAAGGCUCCUGAGAAAGGUGAAGAGGAUCUGGAGGAGAAAGAAUAUAUGGGCAGUCCAAUUAAGGUCAAAAUUAGUGCAGGAGAUUAUUUUACUUCUAGCUUCCUUAAACUGCUAGAUAUGAUAAUUAGUACAAGGAUUCCUGAAGACAUAGAAAAAGGGAAAUAUCCUGAUGCGUAUGUAUUUCCACCUAAAAAAGAUAUCAUGUCAGAAAGACCUGUAACAAGUCUAGAUUUUGCAUCUUUAUAUUCUAGCAUUAUCAUGGCUUACAACCUCUCCUUAGAAAAAAUUAUAUUGGAUUGA